AUGUGGCAAUACAAUUUUCAAUCUUGCAUCUUUUCCUUAGGGCAGGGAACCUGUGACCUUCUUCCAAGGUAAGCAAUGAUAGAAGUUGCCAUCUAACAACCUGCUCCCCUUUGCACGCUUUAGCUUCACAUCACUUGAUGGCUUGUCGCUCACGUGAGAACAGCCUCUGGCACGAAUCUCGCGUCCCUGCGGAGUGUUGACGCGGGAGGCUGUUUCCUAGAUCUGUAAGAGUUUGGACCCCGAGGAUCAUCUAGUCCAGCCCCCUGCAAUGCAGGAAUAUGCAGCUGCAACCUUGGCGCUAUCAGCACCAAGCUCUAUCCAGCUGAGCUAUUCUCGCGCCUGGCAAGGAAACGACUUCCGUUUUUUAAAAAAUUAUUAUUCUCCUCGUCUCCUCUCUCUCCUGCUGCCGAGCCAGCCGAGGUCUGCGCAACGCCAAGGGUUAAGCCGAGCGUGCGCUCUCCGCCCUAGAGAGGCUCAGGAAACCCGGCCGGAGUAGAGGGGGGAUGCAUUAGCCGAGGGCACCUUCCUGCUCCUCCCCUUCCCAGGAUCAAAAACUUGGGAUUUGAAUUUUAAUAAGGGGGGAUUUGCCUCUGCAGGGCUGCAGAUCUUCCGCAGCGGGGCUUUGUGCCGUGGGACUGGGCGGAGGAGAAGCGCCGAGCGCUGGCUGGGGCGAGGAGCCUGGAGCCGGGCGCAGGCAGAUCCAGCUGCCGAGGAGGAAAGGAAGAAACAUCUGGAGGAGCCUGCAAGGCAGGUGGGAAAGCAAAACGGGAGAGGGGGAAGGGAGCUUUUUGCAGGGUGUGCGCCUGUUCCCAAAAGGCCUUUGUAGGGUUGGCUCCGAGUGAAAUCCGACUGGCUGGAGAGCCGCAGUCCAAAUUUGCAACGAUUUCUGUGCAAAGUAUAGUGGACGAAACGAUGGCACAGAAACCGUUAUUUUAUCCGAGGUAAUGAUUUUGUGCCAAGCCCUCCCUCCAAGGCACUCAGGACAGGAGAGGCAGCCUUAGGAAUUCCCAUAAAGUAGAUUUAAGACGUAAUGGCUGGCCCAAGUUUCCGGGCUAAGCAGGGAUUUGAACCCAGAUUCUCCUGGCCCCCCUACAUCUCUGAGUCCCCGCCUACAUCCGUUAUCCUCAGCUAAGUGAAGAAAUAGUGCUCAGUUUUCUCCGAAGAGGAGAGAAAGUGCUGAAGAGGCAAGCCUGUGAAUUGCCCUAGGGCACAUGGGGGUUCCAUGGCUGGAUUUGAACCCAGAGGUCACAAGCAGCGUUGUUCCCUAACUUUCUGUCUCCCAUUUUUUAACUCACUAUUCCUCUCCUUUUGAAAGCUUGCAGCUUAAAAGAUCAAGCCAGGUUCCACUUUGAGACCUGUGGGGAGCCUUCACAUCCUGCCUUAGGAUUCUUUCUUUUUUGUGUGGUGGGGACUGUGACUAUUCUCUUUAGAUUUCUUGCCCCUCGACAUCCUUUAGCCUCCUUAUUCUACCCAUAACAGGAGUGCUUAAAGAGUGGCUUUCUGUACCACCCUUCCAAUCUAGGCUUGUGUGUUAAAGUGGGGGUUCCCCAUCUACAUUUGUAUGGGGGCAAAGGAGUCUUAGCAUUUAGUUCAUAUUAAUUAAGAGAAGGCAGUGGUGUGACUUAAGUGUAUGUGGCAACAGAGUGUCUGGGCAGAGGGGUGGAGGCACUGAGGCUGAGAUUCUGGGUUUAUACCCACGCUGAGAAAAACUAGAGGAUUGGGAGGUGAGGUGGGUUAGGGAAUACUUGGAGCCAGGACUUCAGAGUUCCUUCUAGGAAGGGUGUGGUAGAAUCAGGGGUGAAAGGACUGGAAUGCUGCCAUCCCUCCAGUGUGGGUUGAUGAAGGUUUUGUAAUCCAAGUUAAUGAUUGUGAGCAUGGGAUCAGGAUGUGGUGUGGAUUAAUCAAUGUGGAUUUUGUACAUGCAGCAUAAUUAAGGAAGCUGUAGCUUUCCUAAGGGACUUGUGUUUGUGUAUGUCUAGUCGCCGAUUUUCAGCCCCUCCACUUGCUUUUAGUUCUUGAAUGCAGUUUCACCUCCACCUUUUUGUCAAGAUGGACAAGAGAAACAGAUGAGAGAGAGAGAGAGAGAGAGAAUGAGAGAAAAAAGAGAGACCCUGGAGAAAAAUGCAGACUUUAGCAGGAGCUCUAGCUAGCCUUUCCAUUCUGUUAGCAUCUGAGGAUUUAAGGGGUGGGGUGGGGGAUUAAGAGACCCCCAGCGAAUCAAGGCCUGUGGGGGAAGGGCAAGCAAGCACUGUGGAUGCUGAUUCUCUGCAGAAUGUGUUUAACUCCUGAGCCGAUUAAGAGCUCGGCUUAUCCCUCUCUGGACCCCGCACAACAACAUCUCUGUUUUCUUUCCGAAGAGGCUCUCUUCUCCCUGCAGCAGCCAGCCAUGUUCUGAGGCUGCAGUUUCAAAAAAAGCGUUAGUGGAAAAAUACCCCUGACAUAUCCUGGGCCAUCCCCGCUCUAUAUUUCCCAUGCCCACCUUUGCUUGUAGUGCAAGAUGCUAUAUCAUAAUUAUUUUUCUGGAGGCUCCCACAAAUGCAAUCUUAUAUUUGCAAUUAGGAUUCUAUUUUUUCAGAAGAGUUGGUCAAUCUUUGCAGCGCUUUCCAGAUACUUUAGAUAUUGAUUCCAAGGCCCAAAUAUGGCUAACAGAUUUUUUAAAGAAAAUAAAUGAAAGAAAGCUUUCCCUAUAGGAAUUUCAACAACAACAACAAAAAGACUUGCUCUUAAAAUCCCUCUCCCCAUCCCCACCCCGGCAAAAAUAGAUCUGUAUUGUGUUACUGAAGGGGAACACUUCAAUUAAAUUUGGUUUCUGAGGGAUUGUGGGCAGGAGAGGUGUGAAGAAUGGCUGGAAGUUGCGCAAACUCAGCAGUUUUCAAAUGUUGCAAGGCAUCUUCAGGAUUCUUGAGAGCUUACUGAGGUUUCUGUCUGAGAUCAGUGAUGGCGGACAUCUUUCUUGAAAGGCGGCUUUUCCUUGUGGAAAGCACAGAGCAGGGGAAUAAGGGUUCUGCACAUGGUUGUGAAUUCACACUGAGCAACAAUAAGCCCAAUAGGCUUUGCCAUAGCUGUGGGCAAGCAGACUAGUCCAGCCAAUGACAUUCUCCAGAAUCCUUGGCAGACAAAUCCAUGGGGAGUCUGUUGCCUCAAGAUAAAACAUUUGAAAAACACUGCCGUAUAUGCUCUACCCCUUGCUUGCCCAUCUAAACUGUUUCUGGUGUUUUAGCUGAAAUUGCCAGCAACCACUGUUGUGUUUUCAUGACAUUCUUUAUGUUUCUUAAUGUAAUUGGAUCCAAUUUAGUUUCAAUAAGCUUGGCUGAUUAUAAUUCAGUUGCUUACCAAUGGGCUGGUAUGUUUGUUUUUCCAUGCCCAAAAUCUAGCUUUGGCUAAUUUCCUUUUCUUCCCUCAGGAACAACACGAAGCUGCUUGAAUGGGAAACCUGUUGGCUGCAGGUUCAGCUGGUUUCUUUCACUUAGCCAUGACUGCUGGGCUGCAUGA